AGAAAGAAGGUCCAUCUAUUGGGUGAGUAUCUUUCAGAAAUCUUUUUUGUGUCGUCAUUGUUAAAAGAAGUUAUUAUUCGUAGUAAAAGAAGCGAUAUAUCUAUCUGUCUGUCUUAUCUCCCACUAGAAGUAAUGGAGCAUCACAACACAAAAAUGUGCCCUCCUCAUGUACUUCUCUUCCCUCUUCCAAUACAAAGCCCUAUCAACUCCAUGCUUCAACUUGCAGAGCUUUUUUGCCUUGCAGGUUUACAAGUUACUUUCCUCAACACGAAUCACAAUCAACAGCUUCUCUACCGUCACACCAACGUCGAAUCCAGAUUCAGGCAAUAUCCUAAAUUUCGAUUCCGGACUAUUUCCGAUGGUCUUCCCGACGAUCAUCCCCGCUCCUUUCCUAUGUUUGAAGACCUUAUUAAUUCCUUGCAAGCUGUGGCAGAGCCUUCUCUUAGAGAAAUAGUAACAGAAUCCGGUGUCACGUGUGUUAUACCUGAUGGAUUAUUUUAUUACGCAGUGGAUAUUUGUAAUGAGGUUGGAGUUUCUGUUAUUUCAUUUGAUACUAUUAGUCCUUGUUGUCUAUGGGUUUAUCUCUGUUUCCCCAAACUCAUUCAAACUGGAGAUAUUCCCUUCAAAGGAAAUGAUUUGGACAUGUUGAUAGAAAAUGUACCUGGCAUGGAAGAUCUUCUACGGCGUCGAGAUUUUCCAUUCUAUCGCCUCACCGAUUGUGCAACCGACCUCUAUUGUCAACUUGCUCUCAAGGAAAUCCAAAGUAUACCUCGAUCCCAUGGACUCAUAUUAAAUACAUUUGAAGAUUUGGACGGUCCAUUACUCUCUAACAUUCGGUCUCAUUGUCCACAAACGUAUGCGGUUGGGCCGCUACACUUGCAACUCAAAACUAGGCUUGCUGAUAAAACAAUGUCCUCUUCAAAUAGUUUGUGGGAAGAAGAUCACAGUUCAAUUCAAUGGCUUGAUGCACAGCCCAUAGAAUCAGUAAUCUAUGUAAGUUUUGGAAGUCUUGCAACUUUGACAAAGGAGGAAAUGUUGGAGUUUUGGCAUGGAUUAGUAAAUAGCGGAAUCAGAUUUUUGUGGGUCAUGAGGUCCGACUUAUUGAGGGAAGAAGAGUUCAGCCACCAACUUGUCAAGGAGCUAGCCGACGGUUGCAAAGAAAGAGCCUACAUAGUGAGUUGGGCUCCACAAGAGAAAGUACUAUCCCACCCUGCUAUUGGUGGAUUUUUAACUCACAGCGGAUGGAACUCGACUAUGGAAAGUAUUGUUGAAAGAAAACCCAUGAUCUGUUGGGCUGUUUAUGUAGACCAACGAGUCACAAGUAGAUUUGUGAGUGAAGUGUGGAAAAUUGGGUUGGACAUGAAAGACAUUUGUGACAGAGACAAUAUUGAGAAGGUGGUGAAAGAUUUGAUGGUAACAAAUAAGGAGAAAUUGAAGAAAUCAGUUGACAAGUUAUCUAUGUUGGCAGAAAUUAGUGUUGGAGAAGGAGGUUCAUCGUACAAUGCUUUUGAAUAUCUCGUCGAUGACAUUAAAAAGUUAGGAAGAAGAGACAAGGAUAUCAACCCUAACUGCAUAAGAUAAACAGGACUCAUUCCAUGGGGUGUGAUUGUUUGAAACUAGUCCCAUUAUCCUGUUGUUGGCUGUUCUUGCACAACUUCAACUCCAUGGCAACUUGCUGAGACUGCUUCUUGUCUGGUGUCCACUUUUGCUGGAACUUCAAAUAUUAAGACAUCACUGUGCUUUGGACUUUGGAAUAGCUUUAACACACUGUUUAUGAAGGCCAGCCUGCCUCCAGAGGAUAGAUACUGCCUUUUCCAUGUGGCUUAGCCUUCUUUAAAAGAAAAUCCACCACUUGAUAUUCAUUGUAGUUGUUCUUUUAUGUUUUGCUCCUUAUAGCAGUCCUAGCUUUGAUUUACGCCUUACGAUUCCUGCUGCUGAAUGUUUAGUGAAGUUCCCAGACAAAAUUGCAGAAACUUAGCAGUGAGGAAAAAGUUUUUGUUGUAUAUAGCAUACCUUAAAAUUUCUAUUAUUCAACAACGUAUAUUGAUGCUUUUCUAUUCAUUCA